ACAACAACAAGCGCAACAACCGAGGCAACAAAUUAAUGCGCAGCAACAACGACCAGCUAAAUCAGAGGUUGUAAAGGACGAAUACGCCGGUUUGAUGACAAACCGAGAAAAACAAUGGCUCCUAAACAUCCAAUUAUUACAAUUAAACACGGGAACUCCAUAUUUCGACGAUUACUAUUACACCGUUUAUAAAAGUCGGAAUAAAAAUAAAAGCGAAAACAAAACGAACCAAGAAAAUAAAAGCAAUUAUUACCAAUAUCAACAAAACAAUAACAACAACAUGAAUAAUAAACGAGGUGGAGGUGGUAAUAAUCACCACAAUAACUCGAGGGAACGUCACGACUCAACAAGCAGUGGAAGUUCGAUUCUUCAAGCUCGAGUUUACACCCCUUUGCAGUUUGAAAAUUCCCUUGGGAAAUUACAAUGCGGAUCGGUUACCGCUCCAAGAAAAAUCAUCGAUACCGAUGUUGUUACGUUAGAUAACGGCCAAGACGCGAAUAACUCCACAAUUCAAACGAACGCGAAAGAUACGAGAAAAACGAAGCAAGUUCUUUUAGAAAUCGAAGCUUUUUACGCUUUGUUAUUAAAAAUGGAGGAUUUACGCAAUCCCGUCGCGAUAACGAACACGGAAAAAUUGAGAGAGUUGAAACAAAAACAACGAUUGAGGGAGUUAGAAGCCGCGCAAACUCCGGAACAAAAACAAGAAGUCUUUAAAUUGUUGCAGAAAGAAAGUGUCCCUGUUGAAGAGAAUCCCAAUGAUUAUUUGAUGAAAUUAGUCACCGGAUUGAGUCAAGAUGAUAAAUUCAUUGCGUUUUUUAGUGUGAGGAAAGGCAAAGGGUUAUUGUUGAGAGUUUUACCAUAUUUAACGCAAGAAACUUAUUCGAGUCACUUAUUGGAUUUGUGGAUUAAAAUUUUAUUGAGCAUUCCUAUAAUCGGGAGGAGAGACGCGAUCGGGGAUAACAUGUUGCCCAAAUUACAUCCAUUUUUUAAACGAUACGUUCAAAUGUGUACUAUGUCCGAUAUCGUCGAUAUUAUUGCGAGCAUUUCCGAAACUGUUAAACAAGACCAAAACAGUCGUAGUACGCCGUUACAUCAUCAGGGGAAAGCUCCUUUAUACUUUAUAAUUGGAAAUAAGUUGGGUAUUUCAACCGUUGCUAUGUUGGUGGUU